AAUCCGCCUCCGCGCAGGCGCAGAGGCUCCCUCCGGCCGCUGAGGGAAGCGUCCGUCGUCCGUCGAUCGGUCGGUCCUUCGUCGGCCCGCCAUCAUGAAGCUGGUGAGCAAGACGCUGGAGAAGGACAGCUCGGGCGAGGUGACGCUGGUGCCCGAGGAGGCGGAGGACCUGUGGCACGCGUACAACCUGGUGCAGGCGGGCGACCGUCUGCGGGCGGCCACGUUCCGCAAGGUGCAGCCGGAGUCGUCGACGGGCAGCGUGGGCGGCAGCCGGCGGGUGCGGACGACGCUGACGCUGUGCGUGUCGGCGGUGGAGCUGGAGCCGGGGUCCCGGCGGCUGCGGGUGGGCGGGCCCACGGCGGAGGAGAACGCCUGGGUGCGGCUGGGCGCCUACCACACGCUGGAGCUGGCGCCGCACCGGCCCUUCACGCUGGCCAAGGCCGGCUGGGACAGCGUGGCGCUGGCGCGGGUGGAGCGGGCCUGCCGGCCGGGCUGGGCCGGGGCGGCCGAGGCGGCGGCCGCCGCCGUGCUGCUGCAGGAGGGGCUGGCCACCGUCUGCCUGCUGACGCCCGCCAUGACGCUGACCCGGGCCCGCGUGGAGGCGGCCGUCCCGCGCAAGCGCCGCGGCCGCGCCGCCCAGCACCAGCGGGCCCUCGACCGCUUCCUCGACCUGGCGGGCGCCGCCCUGCUGCGCCACGUGCCGCUGGCCGCCGUCAAGUGCGUGCUGGUGGGCAGCCCCGGAUUCCUCCGCGAACGCUUCUGCCGCCGCCUCUUCCAGAAGGCCCUCCGCGACGGCGACAGGAACGUGCUCGACAACAGGGACAAGUUCCUGCAGGUCCACACCUCCUCCGGGCACAAAUACUCCCUGAAAGAGGUCCUGUGCGACCCGGUCGUCCUCAGCCGCAUGUCGGACACCAAGGCCGCCGGGGAGGUCAAGGCGCUGGAUGACUUCUACAAGAUGCUGCAGCACGAGCCGGACCGGGCUUUCUACGGCGUGAAGCAGGUGGAGAAGGCCAACGAAAUCCUGGCCAUCGACGUCCUGCUCAUCAGCGACGCACUGUUCCGGCACCAGGACGUGGCCACCCGCAGCCGGUACGUGCGCCUGGUGGACAGCGUGCAGGAGAACGCGGGCACGGUGCACAUAUUCUCCAGCCUCCACGUGUCCGGAGAGCAGCUCGGCAAGCUGACCGGAGUGGCCGCCAUCCUGCGCUUCCCCGUCCCCGAUCUCUCCGAUGAAGAAGACAGCUCCAGUAGUUCCGGAGAGGAUUAGGGGCUGGGAUUAUUCCCCCCCGCCCCUCCCGCCGCCCCGGGAGGGAGAGCCUCCUGCUCUUUUCUCUCAUCCCGAGAAAGAGCCCAUCCGGCUCUGCGUCGAAAGAUAAAAUCUGUUUAGAUAUAAGGCAAAACGUCGGCGGCUCCCUUCCGCGUGCCGCUGGGGCGGAUCUUCCUUCCCCCUCUUGGGGUUCUCGGGACGUCUCGCCAGGCUGGCUUCUUUUCGCUCACCAUAGUAGGCCUCCAGAUGAAAAAUAAACGGAGAGGGGAGAAG